UGAUCAGCUGGGAGCAGUUGUUGAGCAGUGAGCUCUAGAACAAGAAUUUGAAUAAAUACUGAAGGUUUAUGAUGUAUCGGCUGUCGCCUCGGGCGCUGUCGGCGCCCUUGUGCCGCCCCUGUCCUGCUCUGAAUCGGCCUUCACACAGAACCCAACAUGAGAAGGCGUCAAUAUCAGGCCGCGUGAUGGCCAUCAGACGGGAGGACCAGUCGGUGUGGGAGCGUCGGGCCCCGCUGGCGCCCCAGCAUGUGAGGAAGCUCGUCAGGCAGGGCGUCAGGGUGCUGGUCCAGCCCUCCAACAGGAGGGCUUACCCCACGCAGAUGUAUCAGCAAGCAGGCGCCAAGAUACAGGAAGACAUCGGCGAGGCCUCGGUCAUCAUGGGCGUAAAACAAGUCCCAGUCGACAAGAUUAUCCCUAACAAAACUUAUUGCUUCUUCUCGCACACUAUAAAGGCUCAGGAGGCCAACAUGGCGCUGCUCGACGGGCUGCUCGAAAAGAACGUACGUCUCAUUGACUAUGAAAAAAUGGUUGAUGAAAGUGGCCAAAGAGUCGUUGCUUUCGGGUCGUUCGCCGGGGUAGCGGGCAUGAUCAACAUCCUGCACGGCCUGGGCAUCAGGCUGCUGGCGCUAGGUCAUCACACGCCAUUCAUGCACAUCGGGCCAGCGCACAACUACCGUAACACGGAAAUGGCCCGCCAAGUCAUCCGAGACGCUGGCUAUGAAAUUUCGCUAAACAUGAUGCCGCGCUCUAUUGGCCCUCUCACCUUCGUCUUCACGGGCACUGGCAACGUGUCGCAAGGAGCACAGGCAAUAUUCCAGGACCUGCCUCAUGAAUAUGUUACCAUCAAAGGCCUUAAGAAAGUUGCAGAAAAGGGAUGGACGAACAAAGUUUACGGCUGCGAAGUAAGUCGGGAAGAUCAUCUCGUGAACCGCAACACCGGGCGCUUCGACGCAGCGGAAUACGAAGAGCAUCCAGACCGAUACAUCUCCACCUUCUCCAGGAAUGUUGCGCCUUACGCUUCAGUAAUUGUGAACGGAAUUUACUGGGACGUGAAUUCACCACGCCUCCUCACCAUCCCCGAUGCUAAAUUCCUUCUGCAGCCUGUCUAUUCUCCAUGGCUACCCAGUUCGGAAGGCGCUCCCCCUUUGCCCCACCGAAUGCUCGGGAUCUGUGACAUUUCCGCCGAUCCCGGAGGUUCCAUCGAGUUUAUGACCGAGUGCACCACCAUCGACAACCCCUUCUGCCUCUACGAUGCAGACCAGAAUGAGGAUAGGAACAGUUUCAAAGGACCGGGAGUGUUGGUGUGCAGUAUAGACAACAUGCCCACACAGUUGCCUAGACAGUCCACGGACUCGUUCGGUUCGAUGCUCAUGCCUCACGUUGAAGACAUACUCCACUCCGAUGCUUCCAAGCCUUUCCAGGAGCAUCAAUUCACGCCGGCUGUCGAAUCUGCUGUCAUCACCAGCAACGGUUUGCUCACACCAAACUUCCAGUACAUCGCUGACCUGCGUGAAAAUAGAAGGCGAGUUUGUGACGGCGCUUCAGCACUGAAAGAUCAAGCGGACGCUCUGGCUUCUAAGUACAGCGCCGUGACGCCCGUCCUCCUGGACAUCUACGACAAGCCAGAGACGCUCCACCAGCUCAUCCAGGGCAGAGAUGUCGUGGUAUCCCUGCUACCAUAUACCAUGCAUCCCACCGUCGCUCAAGCCUGCAUAGACCACAAGGUUAACCUGGUGACAGCCUCCUACUGUUCAGCGGGCAUGGCGGCCCUGCACGGGGCGGCAGAGAGCGCAGGCAUCACCGUCGUCAACGAGAUGGGGCUGGACCCUGGCAUUGAUCACCUUCUUGCCCUCGAAUGCUUCGAUGAGGUGAGUCGAGGUGGUGGCAAGGUGGAGUCGUUCACGUCGUACUGCGGAGGUCUCCCGGCCCCCGAGUUCUCAGACAACCCACUACGGUACAAGUUCUCCUGGAGCCCGCGCGGUGUGCUGCUCAACGCUCUUGCUGAUGCCAAGUAUAUGAUGAACAACAAGAUCGUAGACAUACCCACGGGCGGGGCUUUGCUGGCCGACCAUAAGCCGCUCGACUUCAUCCCAGGCUUGUCUCUGGAAGGUUUCCCCAACAGAGACUCUACCGUAUACCGUGAAAAAUACGGCAUAACUGACGCACACACGGUGCUGCGUGGCACGCUGCGCUACCGUGGCUACGCUGACUUUUUGAGCGGCCUGGUGCAGCUGCGGCUGCUGGAGGAGAAACCUCAUCCCAGCCUUCACCCCGGAGGCCCUGACGUCACAUGGCGCCAGCUGCUGUGCUCGCUACUGGGUGACCUCGACCCGAACAUGUUCUACGACAACCUCAAAGCGAUCGUAACGGAGCGCGUGAACGGCAGGGACGACAUCGUCGCAGGCAUGGAGCAGCUCGGGCUUCUCAUGGACGAGAUCGUCACCAAACAUGACACGCCUCUCGACACGCUCUCAUCGUACCUCGCUAAGAAACUCGCUUUUGAGCCGGGAGAGCGGGACCUGGUCGUACUCCGCCACGACAUCGGCAUCGUCUGGCCCAGCGGUACCCGAGAGAAGAGAGGUAUCAACCUCAUAUGUUACGGAGACGCCCAUGGUUACUCAGCAAUGGCAAAAACUGUCGGAUACCCGUGCGCUAUAGCGACUCAGAUGGUGCUGAGCGGCGAGAUCCAGAAGCGGGGGAUGGUGUUACCCUUCACUGCAGAGAUCUUCAAGCCUAUGCUCUCGAGGCUCGCAAAAGAAGGCAUAAAAGCCACAGAGACCAUUCAGUUCAGCUCUUAAGCGCUGUCGAGCCUCACAAACAAAUUUACAGCAGCGUAACGUACUUCAUUGCAGGGUUUUCAUCUUAACCGCACAUCACUGCGGGGUUAAUCCUGUCUGGAAAAAUGUAUGAAAAUCUGAUGAAAACCCUUGAAAACCCUCCUAAAAUUGUAAUGAAGAAAAUUACUCAUUAUCGAAGUACUAAAUAGACUAGUUAUUGUCUAUUUAGUUCAUUUUUCUUUUAGCUUAUGAUCCACGUAAGAAUCAUUUACAUGACAUCAAUUAUAGAAAUGUUAUGUUAGAUGUCGUAGUGGCGCUGUCAGUUGUUUGCUGCAACUGCUUUACAAUUUGUUCCGUUGCUCGUGAUUGCAUUUAACGUUGGCUUCACGUGAAUCAAUAAAUUAAUAUUAUACGAGUAAAAUGCAGCAAACAAGAAGUCUUUGUUCUACCAAGCAUAUGUUGCAGAAGCAUCCAAGCUGUGACUGGGGCUUGGUUCGUCUUUCAGCAAAAUUUUUAGCCCUCAUCGCAGUUUCAUCUGCGUUAAAUUAGUGGCCAAGUAGUUAAAUAGUAAUGAGUUUUCAUAGUACUCAUACUUUAGCAUUUUCAGCAAACGAUUAAUAUUUUUUCGUGACUGAGCGGAAAAAAGCUAGCGAUAAGUGUUAUAGAAAUGAAUAUUAUUUUUAUUCCAAACAAGCUACAAUUAAAUUACUAAAUAUACUUGAUAGGAAGAAAUAUUCUUCAACGGAAGCGUCAAUGAAAUGUGAAGGUCUUAGUAGAUGAACAUUCCCGUAAGAAAAUUUAUUGUAAAAUUCUAUAAAAACUCGGCAUAAUUUUUUUCAA